AUGCCCGUUCCUGUUGAAUAUAACUCUGUUCGUCGUAUGAGUACAAUUAACGUACCUAAACAAGAUAUCAAUUUCGAUACAUAUGAUUUUCAACUUUGUGUACCCCAGAACGAUAUUAAAGAUACUUUUGAAUCCAAAGAUCUUGAGGCUUCAUUUUGUCGUGAUUUUGCUUGUUGUGGACUUGUUCUAAACGAUCUUCAUGAUCUUUUGCAGCACUAUGAAGAAUGUCAUGUUCGCUUAGAAGAAGAUGAGAAUAGCCUAUUUGACGAUGAAUCGGAUGCCUGUUCUAUUGCGGAUGAUUGUUCAACCACCUCUUCUGUUGUCGAUAGUCUUGGUGAUUUGGACGCUAUCAAGAAAAAGGCGGCUGCUUACCUUUCUGAUCUCUAUAAUUGCACAACAGCUACUUCUGUUUCACCAUUGACACCUUCACUUCAUGGCAGCCAAUCCACCUCUGGUAAAAAGAGAACCUACAGCCAAUACGCUGGUUCUUCUCCUUCUGCCUUGGAUCUGCUAACUCAGUCUGCUGCGAAAAAGAUUGCUACCUUGAAUGGUGAUUUACCUACUCCCAUUUUUACUGAAGAAGACCUUUUAGCUCAAGCAGGUGCCUUAUUAGCUUCUGCCAACACAAUCUUUAAUGUGGAUGCCAAUGCCGAUAAACCUUACAAAUGUCCUGUGCAUGGUUGUGAUAAAGCUUACAAGAAUCCCAAUGGAUUGAAAUACCAUAAUCAACACGGCCAUUGUAAUCUUAUGGAAGAAGACAGUGAUAGCAUCCUUUCAAAACCAUAUCAAUGCACGAUUGGUGAUUGUGGUAAACGAUACAAGAACUUGAACGGACUAAAAUAUCACAUUGAACACUCUCAUAUGGCUGCAUUGAAUCAAACAUUGGCCUCUUUCAGCUCUUCUUUGUUCUCCAACUCG